AUGUUCACUCAUGAAACAGUCCGGCAUAUCUCAACCAGUUCAAUUCUACCAUGUAUUCAUCCUAGCAGUCAGCCAGCAAAAGCAACAAGUGGAGUCGAUGUAAUUGACUUAAAUCCAUGGGAUCUUAACAUGCUUCCAUUUCAGUAUAUGCAAAGAGGAUUUCUGUUCACUGAUAUAAAGCACCGAGAAGAAAAACCAGUAGAUGUGUUCAAUCACCUGAAAAAUUCUUUCUCACGGACACUGGAAUACUUCUAUCCUCUUGCCGGUCGCCUUGCUAUUAGAAAACACGAAGAUGAUGAAACCAUCUCUAUGUACAUAGAUUGCAAGAACUCUACAGGUGCUGAAUUCAUAUGUGCCACUACCGACAUAACAGCAUCUGACCUCCUCGACUCAUCUUAUGAAGAUCUACAGAUAGUGCACAAAUCGUUCUUUCCUCUUAACGGGGUGUUAAACCAUGAAGGUCAGUCUCAUCCAUUGCUUUCGAUGCAGACGAGAGAUAUCCUCACUAGUCCACUUGAAGAGAGAAUUUUUAAUUUUAAGCAAGAAAGCAUUACGAGAUUGAAAACAAAGGCUAAGUUAGAGAUUAGUGAUAGUAGUAUUACUACUACUGUCUCGUCUUUACAAGCUUUGUUCGCUCAUGUUUGGUUAGCCACGACUCGUGCUAGAAAAUUAGAUCCAAAUGAAGAGACCAGUUUUUGGUUAUCGAUAGGUAACAGAUCUAGGAUGAAUCCACCUAUGCCUGAAGCAUACUUCGGAAACUCGCUCCAGCAUGGUGUGGCAAAUGCUAAGGCUGGUGAGUUACUUGAAAAAGGACUUGGAUGGGCAGCUUUGUUAUUGAACCAAGUGAUUGUGUCUUAUGAUAACGACAGCGUUCUAAAUAUUUGGAAAUCAUGGACGGUGAAACCCAGUUUCAUGUUCACUGGUAAUUCUCCACCCCCAAAGAACAUUUUGGUGUCAGGAGGAUCUCCAAGGUUCAAUGUGUAUGACAAUGAUUUUGGUUGGGGCAAGCCUGUUGCAGUGCGAACUGGGCGUUCUAGUCACUACGAUGGUAGGGUUCUACCGAGUCGUGGAGUGGUUGAAGGAAGUAUAGACCUUGAAGUUUGUUUGUGUCGUGAGAUUAUGAAAGCUAUAGAGGAAGAUAAAGAAUUCAUGGAUCAUGUCACCAUUUUAUCUACUCCAAGUGUUUAA